CCUCGACAGCACAACCACAUCUCAUUGCGGCUUCCCUAGUGUCUGAAUACUCUUCAAUCGUAUUGGGGAAUAUACUAACUCUAUAACGCGCGCCAUAUACUGCGCUGCAACAACCCUCUCCGCCCACAAUGGGCCGCUACGACUUCCGUCCCCUCCGCGUCCGCCAAACCGCUAAAGCCCUCUUCGAUACCAAACGCAAUGCCUCCCUCCCGUGCUGGUACGACACCAUUGGCAAUAUCCCGCCCUCAGAAACUCUCGCGCGGCCCAUUCUCCGCGCCCCGCGGCCGAAAGGCGGAAAGAAGCCAAGCCGCAUGUUCCAACCCCUCCCAAUCCACCACCCAGAAGACAAGCUACGGUCCGAGUUCUUCGGAGACCACCCGUGGGAAUUAGCGAGGCCGAGGAUAUUAGUCGAGGAUAGUGGGAAUGAUGCGAAGGGCUAUGACUGGAGUAAAAUUGUGCAGCCGGGGAAGCAGUUGGAUGGCGAGAGUGUCGUCCAGCGCCAAAUGUGGCUCAUGAAGCAUAAACAAUAUCCCAAAGCCAAAGCUUACGACGUCGCUCGUCGCGAAUUCUACCAGCACCGACACCUCGAAGAAAUCCGGCAACGGGUGGCUAAAGAAGAAGCUUUAUCCACCGGCGCAUACUUUGGCAAGGGCCCACUAGAGAUUGGUAUGGAAUUGGAAGACAGAACAUGGGAGAGCUGGAAGGCCUGGGCUGAGCGGCAGAUCGAGGAUGAGCAGCAAACUCGCGCGCAGAUGUUCUCCGGCCCGCAGGAUGAGCUGAGUGCUCCGGAACUGGAAGAAGCUCUAGAGGAGGUCCAGCCAGCUGUGUCGGAAUUGAAAGAGGCUCAACCUGCGUCGGGGGGGCCAGCUUUGCAUCCGUGAGGUAGACGAGGGAAGUAUCUACUAGCACUGUAUAUUCUUUGUAGUUGUUUCAUGGGAAGAAC